CUCAGACGUUUCCGGGGGCGGGGAGCCCGCCUAGACCUGUGCUAGUUGCGGGAUCUCCCGGCCAGUGUCCGAGACUGCUUGGUUUGCUGGGAGCAUGGAUCUGGGAGACUUUGAGCGGGACAACACAGGCAGCUGCCGUCUGAGUUCGCCCGUACCGGAGCUGUGCCGCACCGAGGACUGCUGCCUGGGCAUCGAUGAGGCCGGCCGAGGGCCUGUUCUGGGCCCCAUGGUCUACGGCAUCUGCUUUUGCCCCUUGUCCAAAUUGAGCAACCUGGAGGCCCUGAAGGUGGCAGACUCAAAGACCCUAUCGGAAGCAGAGAGGGAGAGACUCUUUGGGAAACUAGAUCAGGCCCGGAGCUUUGUGGGCUGGGCCUUGGACAUUCUGUCCCCGAACCUCAUCUCCACCAGCAUGCAGAGGCGGGCCAAGUAUAACCUGAACUCCCUUUCUCACGACACUGCCAUGGCCUUGGUGCAGCUGGCUCUGGAUCAGGGUGUGAGGGUCACUCAGGUGUUUGUGGAUACAGUGGGACCGGCUGACAAGUACCAGCAAAAACUUCAGGAGAGGUUUCCAGAGAUAGAGGUGACUGUUCGACCCAAAGCUGACUCCCUCUUCCCUGUGGUCAGCGCUGCCAGCAUUUGUGCCAAGGUUGCUCGAGACCACGUCGUGAAGAAAUGGAAGUUUCUGGAAGACCUCGGGAACCUGAAAAUGGAUUAUGGGUCUGGCUAUCCCAAUGACCCCAAGACCAAGGAGUGGCUGUCCCAGUGCCUGGACCCCGUUUUUGGCUUUCCCCAGUUCGUCCGCUUUAGCUGGAGUACUGCUCAGCUCAUUCUGGAUGGACGUGCUGUGCCUGUUCGCUGGGAGGACUCAGAGGAAGAGGCGGGAGGCCCACCAGCUGCUGGCAGGGGUUCUGGCACCCCCUCCCUUCUGUCCUACUUUGCCCGUACACAGGCUCCCACAGAACGACAGUCCCACCGGUUCUUCCAUGAGAGGGGGUUGGAGACAGUUGCUGACUUAUAGAAAUUGUUGAGAAAGUUGAUGGAGGGGAGCGAUGGGAAGGACUGUUGCUUUGUGUCUCUCUCUUCUCCCCUUCCUGUUAAUUUGUAAUAAAAUCUCAGGAAUAGCA